AUGUCAAUUAUUCCACCAUCAGGUUCACUUGUUCGUUUUGAUAAUCCAACAUUAAUAACAGCACAACAUGAAAAAGACCGUAAAGCACUUGUUACUAGUAAACAACAAACAGCAUUAGACCAACAAAUGAUGGAUGCUACUGGUGGUGGUACAAGUUCGCCACAAUUAGGUAAAAAACAACAAUCAAUGAAAGAUUUAUCAUUAGAAGAAAUUCUCGAUAAAAUUCUUCCACCAAAAAUAACAAAAGAUCCAAACAAUCCAGAUUUACUGUAUUGUCAACGUAUAUCAUCAACACCGGCAACACGUCUUGAUGUUAUUAAUUUACAAGAACAAUUAGAUAUGCGUUUACAACAACGACAAGCUCGUGAAACUGGUAUUUGUCCAGUACGACGUGAACUCUUUUCACAAUGUUUUGAUGAACUUAUUCGUCAAGUUGCGAUUAAUUGUGCUGAACGUGGUUUACUUCUUUUACGUGUACGUGAUGAAUUACAAAUGACUUUACGUGCAUAUCAAACACUCUAUGAAAGUAGUGUAGCAUUUGGUAUGCGUAAAGCAUUAAUGGCUGAACAAGGAAAAUCUGAAUUAGAACGAAAAUUAGUACAACUUGAAGAAGAUAAGCGUGAUCUGGAACGACAACUUAAAGAAACAAAAGCUAAUGCUGAAGCAGCUGAAAAAAAAUUAAAUGAACAACGACAAGUUGAAGAAAAAAAACAUAUGGAAGAAAUUAAUUUUUUAAAGAAAACAAAUCAACAACUCAAAGCUCAAUUAGAAGGAUUAAUUGCACCGAAAAAAUAA